CAAAUUCUUGUAUAGUUCAUAUACCAAGUUGACAAUCAAAAACCCAGACAUAUUUCUUUCAUAAAAUCCAAAAUUCUAUAGUGGCUCAAAAUUGAAACAAUGCUCUACGUGAACGUAUUGCGUCUUCUAACCCUGCUAGUGGGCUGCUUCUAUCCAGCAUUCGCGUCCUACAAGGUCCUUAGCGGUCAGAAGCGCAACGAAGAGGAGCUCCGCAUGUGGAUGUCCUAUUGGAUAGUCUACGGAGUCUUUGUGGUCUUCGAUUUUCUGACAACAGGUCUGGUGGCGUUCAUUCCUUUCCUGAACGAGAUGAAGCUGCUCUUCCUGUUCUGGCUGUUGCCCACUGUGGGCGGCGGCAAUGAGGUGAUCUACGAGGAGCUGCUGCGCACCUUCUUCAGCAACAACGAGUUCUCCUUCGACCAGGUGCUGAUCCAAGCCACUUUGGCGGGCGGUGAUCUGGUGGGUCAACUUGUGGGCUCUGUUCUGGGGCAACUGAUGGCCGUGGCGGAUAGCUGCUUCCUAUCCCGCGGACAUCGUCCUGCCCUGCAGAUUACGCCCAGCAUAGAGGACCUGGUCAACGAUGUGAUAGCCAAGCGGCAGUUGAAUCAGAAGCGGAAGCAGAUGGCCAAUCUAUCUGAUACCAUAAAUGAAGUCCUGGGAGACAAGACCGACAGGAAUAGCACUUUGUCGGGCUUUGACCUUAUAAACGAAUCUGAAUCCGAUCUGCUGGUCAUCAAGGACCACAUUUCGAGGCCGAAGGAGAGGCCCCUAACCGCGCCGAAGCCAAUGCGUCAGUCAGCCCUAGGCAACCAGGACAUGGAUCUCAAGCCGGAAGUGGAUCUGAAGCCGGAAAUGGAGCUCAAGCCAGUCACAGUACCCUGAAUAUCCCAGAGAAAAGUCAACAAAAGGUUACAAAAAGCAGCCUUUACAAAUUAUUUCGAACGUACCGUAGAAAAAUAAAUUUAUAAGCACAUACCAUGUGUAUGAGCAGGCCUUUUCAAAUGAA